GUCUACUCACCACUGUAGUAUCCAAUCUCGGGGAUGUCAGGCAUCGCAGCUCAAUGGCGGAGACGUCGUCCGGAUGCAGCGGGCAUACUCGGAGUGGCAGCAGCGACGAUCACUCUGGCAGGAGUGAGCUGGUACUGGUACAAUCGGUGGGCCACCUCUACUUCCUCCUCCUCGCGAGCAUCAAGCAGCAGUGGUACGCAACAGCAAAGCGGGUCCGUUUCAGACGUACACGAUAGCAAAUCCUUGGCUCGUCGUCCCUCGCUCUCCAUCUCUUUUCCGCCCCACUUUGAUCUAACUCUACCCUCUCAUCAAGAGCAUCUCCUGCGUCUUUACCGGUCUCUCUCCCCUCUUUACCUCAUCACACUCCUCCACUUCUCCCCACAUGGAGGCUCGGAGCUCGGCAGGCUGACCUCGCUAUUACAAAGCCAGAUAGUAGGAGCGGACACGAGGAGGAUCGUCCCCUACAGCACGACAGCGGGAGCCAGUGCAGUAGCUCGAGCGCUUGGCUGCGAUGCGCAUCUGGAGGUGUACGCUGAAGGGCAUUCACGGUCACUGUCGCCGAUGGCCGGGACCAAGGCGGAUCUUCUGGCCAGGACCCAAGCUCUGGGUCUGAUCAGAAAGAAUGGCAAGUGCAGGCUCGUCGUCGUUGCUCUUCUGCCUGCGCCUGCUCUGCCGGCCGACCAGCCCAAGAUUGAGCACUUACUGGGGACAGAGGCAGGAGACGGCGACGAGAGCGACUUCGAACUCGAUCUGGACAGUCUCGUCAAUUCACUGCUCAACCCGGGCUCGACGUCGGCCAACGGACUCGCAAAUGGGCACAAGGACAGCAACGGGUCCGCCUCGUCGGGCGAAAAGGCGGGCGCGACAUUGAGGAUCAUCGACACACGGACAAGUACAGACCCUACUUCGCCUCGGAGAAUGAGCUUUGGGUCCGAAGACAAGGCAGGGAGGGAGGAGGCAGACGCGGAUGCAAAGAGGCAGAAAGAUCGGGAGAGCUUCGAUAAGGCCGUCGAUGAAGUAGGAUCCAAGAUGAGGGAGCUCAGAAGAGCGUGGAAAUAGAUACCCAACCGGUCCCCGGCUCACCCGCCUGAAAAUGCAUCAUUCUGGCCGAUAAAAGCAGGGCUGCUGUC